AUUUGUUGUUGCAUUGAGAGGUGAAGACAAAACACACAAAUAUGAUUGAAAUAACUUGCAAUGACCGUCUGGGCAAAAAGGUGCGUGUGAAGUGCAAUCCCGACGACACCAUUGGGGACCUGAAAAAACUAAUAGCGGCGCAAACUGGCACAAAGCACGAGAAGAUUGUGCUAAAAAAGUGGUAUACCAUCUACAAGGACCCCAUUCGUCUAUCUGAUUAUGAAAUUCACGACGGCAUGAAUCUGGAGCUCUACUACCAAUAAGCUGCCUAAGCACCUAUACGAAAAAUCUUUUAUACUCUGCGCUAUUACAACGUAAAUUAAUA